AUGCCUGUUGGGAGAAUACCACAGAGCUAUGUCCAGAAGUGCAAGGUCUUGUUGCAUGUCUUGCAAGUUGUAUUCAUCUUCAUAGCGGGAUGUCUCACAAUCGCUGUUAUGACCAAGGAGGGGACUAUUGGCGGCGCGACAAAAUUUUACUUUGCUAUGUGCUUCCUUAGUAUACCGGCGAUUAUCUACCUGGUCAUGGUACCGAUGUGGGCUCGAACCAAGAAAUUCGCAAACGCAUACGCAUUUCUUGCCGUCGACUUGCUGUACACAAUACUGUGGUUUGCAGCUUUCAUCGCAGUUGCAAUGUGGAACUCAGAGGGCAUCAAAGAAGGCGCCAAAGAGAAGAAAAUAAGCGAUGACGAUCGCAACUGCACCACCUUCAAGUACGGCAGCGAGGCCAUGUGCAAUAUCAGCAAGGGCUCGGUCGGCAUUGGCGUCAUGGUCUUCCUGUUCUUCGCCCUGACAAGCGCCAUCUCCGGCUAUUACAUGCACAAGUUCCUCCGAGAAGGCGUCCUCCCCUACGAAUCGCAGAAAGAAAACCCCUACUACGCAAGCGGCGACAACAGCAAAGACAACGCAUGGUCUGCUGAGAUCGAGACACACGACUCCGAUGACGACGACAGACACACCGAGCGCGGCGGUACCCAGGAGGAAGAUGAAUAUGCUCUUUUGCACUCGACAGAAACAGAUCAGGGCAGACAUCCAGGUCGGCCGCUGAGCUGGGGCGAGGACAGGAACGGUGAUCCUUACGAUAGGCCGACGGGCUAUGCGGAUUACAGGGACAGCACAAAUGCAUACGGCUCUGAUGCGCUGUCGCCUGGAGGAUACACACUCGGUGGUGGGUACGAAGAAUUUAGACGGGAGGCUGGCGCAAGUGUUGGACCCAGUGGACCCGGUGGUGACAGGGCACCAAGUCGGGCCUCUCACCUCAGUCACGGUGGGAGUGGGUACAGCUUCAGCGGUGCGAACAACGUGUAA